AACAUCGCGAGUCAGUUGAACGUACGGAAACAGGUUCGUUCUUCCUGUAUGUAGCGACCAAGAAUCGUUGCCUUCUGUCCUCACACUGCGUAUUUCAAUCUCUUCAUCGCACCCAUUUUCGCCGUCCCGAUUUGCAGUUGCAGUCUCCUUCCAACUCCCACUCUCUCCAAUUCUUCACUCAAGAAGCCGCCCGCUCCAACCAUCGACUGCGUAAAGAUAGUGAGGAAAUAUUGGAGUCAUGGGAGAAGCUCCUGCGAAGGCGCUUCGGAGGAUUCUGGAUUCGCCUGGGGUUCAUCUAGGUCCUGCUUGCUUCGAUGCUCUCAGUGCUAAGCUUAUCGAGAGAGCUGGAUUUUCGUACUGCUUUACCAGCGGAUUUUCAAUAUCAGCUUCCAGAUUGGCACUGCCAGAUACAGGUUUUAUGUCAUAUGGUGAAAUGUUGGAUCAAGGGCAACAAAUUACUGAAGCUGUAUCAAUUCCAGUCAUUGGAGAUGGGGAUAAUGGAUAUGGAAAUGCACUAAAUGUAAAGAGAACUAUUAAAGGGUUUAUUCGAGCAGGCUUUGCAGGGAUCCUUCUCGAAGAUCAGGUAUCACCAAAAGCUUGUGGACAUACACGAGGCAGGAAAGUGGUGCCUAGAGAAGAAGCAGUGUCGUGUAUAAGAGCAGCUGUUGAUGCUCGAAAAGAAAGUGGCUCUGACAUUGUUAUUGUGGCUCGAACUGAUGCUCGACAGGCCGUGUCCCUUGAUGAAGCACUUUGGAGGACGAAGGCCUUUGCUGAUGCUGGAGCUGACGUUCUUUUUAUUGAUGCACUAGCUUCAAUAGAAGAGAUGAAGGCUUUCUGCAAAAUCUCUCCUGAAGUACCUAAAAUGGCCAAUAUGCUUGAAGGAGGAGGGAAAACACCAAUCCUCAAUCCUCUUGAACUUGCGGAAAUUGGAUAUAAGGUUGUUGUUUAUCCUCUGUCCUUGGUUGGCAUCUCAAUUCGAGCAAUGCAGGAUGCACUGCUUGCACUUAAAGAAGGUCAAAUACCUUCUGAACGCAUGCCAUCUUUUGAAGAAAUGAAGGAAAUACUAGGUUUCAACAGUUAUUAUGAAGAAGAGGAGAAAUAUGCUUCUGCUGUUAGCCUUCCUUCGCAAGGUGAUGGAUCAAAACAUCCCUCUUCUGGCAUCUUGUCCCGGAGAUUGAUGGUCAAAAUAACAGGAAAAGAUGGACUUGAGAAACUUGAUGUUAGGAUUCCUGCGGGAUCUUUGGAUGGAGUAGCAAACAUAGUUCCAGCUUUAGGAGGCGUAAACAUCAAGGAACUGCUGAACGAUGCAGCUGAGGAAGUAGGAGGAAAGCUGUUGCUUGAUUUUAUUGAUAAAACUGGUGACCGAAUUCACGUUUUCCUGGAGUAACUUCGUUCAGUUCAUUGCAACUGCCAUGAAAACCUGGAGAUGAAGGAAGGUAUCUCAACCGUAAUAUAUGCUCUGAUAAUUUGCAUUUGCUUACAGUGAUACCGCAGGACACAUGUAAAGAAUAGGUAAGCAGACAUGACUGUAUUUGUCUGUUAAUAAGCGGAUUAGUAAGCAAACACAAACAUCUUUGUCUGUUAAUUACUGGAUUAUGAAUCUCUUUUUAUGUUCAAGCCUAUUCUAGUCGUUAUUCGUU